AUGUCUCUCAAAGGUAUCAUGGUGGCGCUUUACACGCCAUUCACGGCAGACCAGUCCGCAAUUGACAUUGCGGCUUUGGACCAGCACAUCCAGCGUCUCAUCAAGGCCGGCGUUCACGGCUUGGUCCCUGGCGGAAGCACUGGCGAGUUCACUGCAUUGACCCUUGAGGAGCGGAAGCAGCUCGUCGAGGUGUGCGUCAAGUCUGCAGCCGGCAAGAUCCCAGUAAUCGCUGGUAUCGGGACACUUUCGACCAAGGAUGGCGUUGAACUCGCAAAGCACGCUGCUGAGGUUGGUGCCGCGGCACUGAUGGUUGUACCGCCAUUCUACGACGCGCCUUCCGUUGAAGAGUUACACGGGCUCCUGGCAGAGCUGCACUCAGUGUCCAAACUCCCAAUCAUGUAUUACAAUAUCCCUUCAGCAUCUGGCCUCAAACUCAGCCCAACACAGCUGGCGGAUCUGUCAAAGGUCGGAGUCCAAUACUUGAAAGAUACGUCGGGAGACGCACCGGCCCUUACAGAGCUCCUUUUCUCAUUACAGGACAAGAUUACUGCAUUCAACGGCUGGGACACGUUGACUUUCUACGGCCUUGCCGCUGGUGCCAAGGGCUCCGUCUGGGGUGCGACCAACAUCAUCCCAGAGCUGUCUGUCGAGCUGUGGGAAGCCCUAGCCGUCAAGAAAGAUCUUGAGAAGGCCAGGGAGCUGUGGUCCAAGAUAUAUCCUGUCUGCAAGUUUCUCGAGUCCUAUAAUUAUUCGGCGGCUAUCAAGACUGGCAUGGAAUUGCUCGGUACGUCAACAGGAGGAUGCCGCAAACCGUUUGUUGUCCUCGGACAAGCAGAGCGCGCUGAGUUUGCCUUGUUGCUACAAACCGCUGGCCUGAAGGUAGUCGGGCAGUGA